CUCCAGGUCAGAAUCCAAGCACGUCGUUAACCUAAACGACUUCCCCAACUGCUUCCGGAAUUGUAAUUAUUAUCAAUGAUAUAAUCGUUUGUGUGAGAUAUAAACACUCAUCUAGUGUUUUGUCGUGCAUUGCUGUGAAGAUGUCCUAUAACUACGUGGUAACAGCACAGAAGCCUACGGCAGUGAACGCCUGCAUCACUGGCCACUUCACCUCUGCUGAGGACCUUAAUCUGCUCAUAGCUAAAAACACACGUUUGGAGAUCUAUGUGGUCACAGCUGAGGGACUUAGACCUGUCAAGGAAGUGGGCAUGUAUGGCAAAAUUGCCGUCAUGGAGCUUUUCCGUCCAAAGGGUGAAAGCAAGGACCUGCUGUUCAUUCUCACAACCAAGUACAACGCAUGUAUCCUGGAAUACAAACAGAAUGGGGAGAGCAUUGAUAUCAUCACCCGAGCCCAUGGAAAUGUCCAGGAUCGCAUUGGCCGUCCAUCAGAAACUGGGAUUAUCGGAAUUGUUGACCCAGAAUGUCGCAUGAUUGGUCUGAGGCUGUAUGAUGGACUGUUCAAGGUGAUCCCAUUGGACCGGGACAACCGGGAGCUAAAGGCUUUCAACAUCCGGCUGGAGGAGCUGCAGGUCAUCGACGUUCACUUCCUGUAUGGCUGCCAAGCUCCGACAGUGUGCUUCAUCUACCAGGACCCUCAAGGACGUCAUGUAAAGACCUACGAAGUUUCUCUCAGGGAGAAGGAAUUUAACAAAGGCCCCUGGAAGCAGGAGAAUGUGGAGGCUGAGGCAUCCAUGGUUAUUCCAGUGCCAGAGCCAUUUGGUGGCGCUAUAAUCAUUGGACAAGAGUCAAUUACCUACCACAAUGGAGACAAGUACCUGGCCAUUGCACCACCAACAAUCAAGCAAAGCACCAUUGUCUGCCAUAACCGGGUGGACCCCAACGGUUCACGCUACUUGCUAGGAGACAUGGAGGGCCGCCUGUUUAUGCUGCUCCUGGAGAAAGAGGAGCUAAUUGACGGCACAGUGGCUCUCAAAGACCUGCAUGUGGAGCUGCUCGGAGAGACCUCUAUAGCAGAGUGUUUGACCUACCUGGACAAUGGUGUGGUGUUUGUCGGCUCCAGACUGGGAGACUCCCAGCUUGUGAAGCUCAACGUGGACAGCAACGAGCAGGGCUCCUAUGUGACCGUCAUGGAGACCUUCACCAAUCUGGGGCCUAUUGUGGACAUGUGUGUGGUGGACCUGGAGAGGCAGGGUCAGGGCCAGCUAGUGACGUGCUCUGGGGCGUUUAAGGAGGGAUCUCUUCGGAUCAUCCGAAACGGCAUUGGGAUUCAUGAGCAUGCCAGCAUCGAUCUUCCGGGAAUCAAAGGUUUAUGGCCACUUCGCUCUGAGGCAGGCAGGGAGACGGAUGAUAUGCUGGUUCUGUCUUUCGUGGGUCAGACAAGAGUGUUGAUGCUGAGCGGAGAGGAGGUUGAGGAGACGGAGCUGCCAGGCUUUGUGGACAACCAGCAAACAUUUUACUGUGGAAAUGUUGCACAUCAACAACUCAUUCAGAUCACAUCAGGCUCUGUGCGCCUGGUGCUUCAGGACAGCAAGACCUUGGUGAGUGAAUGGAAGGAGCCACAGGGGAAGAACAUCAGCGUAGCCGCCUGCAACCACACACAAGUAGUGCUUGCUGUGGGACGGGCUCUCUACUACCUGCAGAUCCUAGCUGGAGAGCUCAAACAGAUCAGUACCACAGAGAUGGAGCAUGAGGUGGCUUGCCUGGACAUCACACCUCUGGGGGAGGGUGGCAACGAGUCCACGCUCUGCGCUGUGGGACUGUGGACCGACAUCUCUGCACGUGUGCUCAAACUGCCCUGUUUCACAGCUCUGCACAAGGAGAUGCUGGGAGGAGAGAUCAUCCCCCGCUCCAUCCUAAUGACCACCUUUGAAGGCAGCUACUACCUGCUGUGUGCCCUGGGAGAUGGAGCACUCUUCUACUUUGGUCUCGACCUAGAGACUGGCGCCCUCAGUGAGAGAAAGAAGGUCACCCUUGGCACACAGCCCACCGUGCUGCGGACCUUCAGAUCACUUUCCACCUCCAAUGUCUUCGCCUGCUCCGACCGGCCCACUGUUAUCUACUCGUCCAAUCACAAGCUGGUGUUUUCCAACGUCAAUCUCAAGGAAGUCAACUACAUGUGCCCGCUCAACUCUGAGGGCUACCCAGAUAGCUUGGCAUUGGCCAACAACAGCACACUGACCAUCGGUACCAUUGAUGAAAUUCAGAAACUCCAUAUUCGCACAGUUCCGCUUUAUGAGACUCCAAGGCGGAUCUGUUACCAGGAGGUUUCGCAGUGUUUCGGGGUUCUGUCCAGCCGGGUGGAGAUACAGGAUGCGAGCGGCGCUACGUCUGCCGUACGGCCCAGUGCUAGCACACAGGCGCUCUCCAGCAGCGUGAGCUCCAGCAAGCUCUUCCCCAGCAGCACUUCUCCACAUGAGACCUCCUUUGGUGAGGAGGUGGAGGUUCACAGUCUUCUGGUUGUGGAUCAGCAUACCUUUGAAGUCCUUCAUGCCCACCAGUUCCUCCCCUGCGAGUAUUCCCUCAGCAUCGUGUCAUGUCGUCUGGGAAAAGACCCGUCUAUGUACUUCAUCGUCGGCACGGCCAUGGUUUACCCAGAGGAGCCCGAGCCCAAGCAGGGACGGAUUGUCGUCUUCCAUUACACUGACGGGAAGCUGCAAACCGUGGCUGAGAAAGAGGUGAAAGGAGCCGUUUAUUCUAUGGUGGAGUUCAAUGGAAAACUACUGGCCAGCAUAAAUAGUACAGUCCGUCUGUAUGAGUGGACGGCUGAAAAGGAGCUGAGGACUGAGUGCAACCACUAUAACAACAUUAUGGCCCUUUACCUGAAGACCAAAGGAGAUUUCAUACUGGUGGGGGACCUGAUGAGGUCUGUCCUGCUGCUGGCCUACAAACCCAUGGAGGGCAACUUUGAAGAGAUUGCCCGUGAUUUUAAUCCAAACUGGAUGAGCGCCGUUGAAAUUCUAGACGAUGACAACUUCCUGGGAGCAGAGAACGCCUUUAAUUUGUUCGUCUGCCAGAAGGAUAGCGCGGCCACCACCGACGAGGAGCGCCAGCACCUGCAGGAGGUUGGGGCCUUUCACCUCGGCGAGUUCGUAAAUGUUUUCUGUCAUGGCUCACUGGUGCUACAGAACCUGGGGGAGAGCUCCACACCCACCCAGGGAUCUGUGCUCUUCGGCACAGUUAACGGCAUGAUUGGUCUGGUGACGUCUCUCUCCGAGGGUUGGUACAGCCUCCUGCUCGACCUACAGAACCGCCUCACCAAGGUCAUCAAGAGCGUGGGCAAGAUCGAGCACAGCUUCUGGAGGUCCUUCCACACGGAGCGGAAGACAGAGCAGGCCACAGGGUUCAUCGAUGGGGACCUGAUUGAAAGCUUCUUAGAUCUGAGCCGGGCGAAGAUGCAGGAGGUGGUCAGCACUCUGCAGAUCGAUGAUGGCAGCGGCAUGAAGCGUGAAGCCACAGUGGACGAGGUGAUUAAGAUAGUAGAGGAGCUGACGAGGAUCCACUAGCUCCUCGCAGACCCCCACCCCCUCCUUUGAAUUUACAGAUGUGUAAAUAAUUAUAAACAGUGUGUGAGUUCUCAGCCUUUCACUGAGCUGUCUGCUGCUCAGACCUUGAAAGGUGCUUCAUGGUGAGUGGGAGCUCUGGAGGUGAAGUGCUUACAAUGUUGGGACGAUCAAAGUAACCAUGGUCUGAGUAAGACUUCCUCAGCAGAUCCAUGCUCCCAGAUAACUGUGACAGUUUAGGACAGGUUAAAGGUUUGUUGAUCUGAAAUAAAUGAUGUAAGAAACAAAAUAAGGAAAUUGAUAGAUUUAUAGCUAUUUUGUCUUUGUGAUGUUUCCUUUGUUUAUUCUAAUAAACCAUGUUUUAGUACUG